AUGGAAGACACGCACACAGAGCAUCAGCCGCUACUCGACCAGGAGAUGAGCAGACAGGAAGAAGGACAUCAGGUGCCAGAGGCACGUGAGGAAGAAGAGAGGCGCCCGGUCGUGCUGUACAAGGGCAUCCAGCAGCGGGAGGCCAGCCAGCUGCAGUGCCCCAUCCACAAGGGACUCAUGCACGACCCGGUCGGCACGGGCAAGUGCAAGCACGUCUUCUGCCGCUCGUGCCUGGCCUCGUGGGUCGCGCUCCAGGGCCACUGCCCGCUCGACGCCCGCCCGGCUCAGGUCGAUCAGCUCUGGGGAGUUGUUCAAGACGAAGAGACUGGCGCAUGGGUGGCGGCCAGCGGCGAGGGCUACUGCCCGGCGCUGAUCGCCAUCGGCGACCGCAAGGCCCACGAAGACAGCUGCGCCUACCGCCCUGCUGUUCUGCAGUCGGACGAGGCCACCGGAGGAGCCGCGGGCCAGCUGAUGAACCGGCUGCAGUUCCCGCAGGUGCAGGUCAACGUGGAACUGGUCAUGCAGGCCCUCAGGACCAACCUCACCCGCUUCGAGCGCGUGCUAGCCGAUCGCAUGGACGUCCGUUCGCUCAUCGAGGAGCAGAACAUCCACCGUCUCCGCUCCGGUGCCAGCGGCGCCAUGGCCAACUUCAAGGAAGAGAUGGAGGCGGCCAUUGCCGGGCUGAUGGAGAAGCAGGCGCCGCUGUUCAGGAGCAUCGCGACCAAGAGCGAGUCCCUGUGCUCGGAGGCGAGCAGCGUGGCUCGGGCCAAGGGCAACGCCCUUUACGAGGGCGCCGUGCACAUGCGCCACCAGGCGGCCGUUGCCGGUGGCGAGGCCAUCAAUAGGCUCGACGUGCUGGCCCAGGAGCUGAUGGGCGAGGUCAAGCUGGCCCUCAUGCGCAGCCUCGAACCCCAGUCGUGCCCCACCCCUCCCCCGCCCCCUCCGCCCGACUUUGUGCUCGAGGAAGAGCAAGAGGCCGAGGCUCAGGAGGAAGAGGAGCAGGAGCAGGAGGCCGAGCUCAAGACAAGAAGAGGAAGAGGUCGAGGCGCAGCCUCACGUGACCGCACCGGCCUCGGUCACCGUGGAGGACGCCGAAUGGGACGACUGCCCGUCCUGGAUCCCCCUCGAGAUCGGCACUGA